UAUUUUGUUUAUUGGUAACACUAUGAAAAACACAGAACGAAAAAACAAAAAGGGUAUUUCCAUAUCUGACGUUUGCAACGAAGACUUAAAAAAACUGGAUAAUUUAAUAAAAUAAAAUAAAUAAAAAAGUUCAUAAGGAAAAAUGGAGAAGUAAUUGUAUUUAUUUAUUAGCAUAUUACAGAUGUAUUUAAUAAUCACAUCAUUGCAUAGGUUUCUUUGUAAAGGAAAACCGUCAACCGAUACGAGUAAUACUGGUAAUAUACGUGACGCUGCAAGUAUUUCAACAGAUAGCGAUGGCAGUGUCCAGAAGUAAAUAAAAAUUCAUAUACGCAUAUGUAUUAUUGAAACUAAUAUAAUUGUAUAUAUUGAUUUAGUAAAAAUAUUGCGGCUGCAAAAGUUAAAAGAAAAUUUCGAUUAGAAUGGACUAACACAUUUCCGUGGUUGACAAAUAAAAAUGGUAAUGCUUAUUGCACUGCAUGUCAUAAGAUUAUUAUUAACCACUUAUCGCAUAUAAAACGACACGAUUCAAAACAAACCCAUAUACGUAAAAUUGCAACAAAAAAGGGUCAAACUAGAAUUGAUGAAUUUGCGGCAGAAUGCAAGAACAAUAACUUUAAUGAACAAGUACGUGAUGCAGAAUAUGCGCUUAUUAUGUUUUGCGUUAUGCACAAUUUGCCGUUUUUAUUAAUGGAUUUUUUACCUAAUCUACUACGCGUAUGUUGUCCGGAUUCUGAAAUUGCGAAGGCGAUUAAAUGCAGUCGAACCAAGGCAACACAAAUUACUGAGCAACUUGCAUCAAUGUCAAAUGCACAUAUUGUAAAGCAGUUAAAAACAUCAAAAUUUUCUUUAAUUGUUGAUGAAACUACUGAUGUUUCAUGCAGAAAAGCACUUGUUUUAGUUGUGAGAUAUUUUGAAAACUUAGCUGGCCUAGUUAGAGACAGGUUCUUAUGUCUCAUAGAACUAGAAAAAUGUGAUGCCGAGUCUAUUUAUCAAAAUAUAAAAUCGUUUUUUUUAACUAAUAACAUUCCAAUUCAAAAUUUAAUCGGACUUGCAACAGAUGGAGCAAAUACUAUGGCUGGGCAUUUAACUGGGUUAAAAACUAAAUUAACUAAAGACACCAAUUUGUUUUACCUAAAGUGUCCCUGCCACUCUUUACAUUUGUGCACAGCCUAUGCCUGCAAAAAAUUACCAGGUGAAGUUGAAUCAUUGUGUAGAAAUGUAUAUUCAUAUUUUUCAUGGAGUCCUAAAAGAGUUCAAGAAUUUAAAGAAUUUCAAGAAUAUUGUAACAUAAAACCUCACAAAAUGUUAGGUUUAGCUUUAACGAGAUGGUUAUCAUUACAACAGGUUGUUUUGCGAAUUAUUGAACAAUGGGAUGCGCUCCAGCUUUACUUUUUAUCGCACUGUAUUGAAGUCAAUGAUAUAAAACCAAAAGACUUAGCAAAUCUUAUGGCAAUGAAAGAAACAAAAGCUUACAUGCUUUUUUUAACGUAUAUUUUGAAAAUUGUGAAUGACUUAAAUAUUGAGUUCCAAUCUGAUAGCAUUCGACUACCUUUUUUAUAUAGGAAACUAGAAGCGGUUGUUCAGUUAAUAUUAACCAAUUUUAUGUGCUAUCAGCACGUUAAAAACGUGCCAUUAGAAUCCUUAGAAUUUAAAGAUUCUAAUUAUUUUUUGCCCAUUGAAAAAGUUUUUAUGGGAAUGAAAGCAGAGACUUUUACAGAUAAUCAUAAUAUAGAAAAAUCUAAAAUAUGUGAAAUAAAAAAAAAUGUACGCUGUUUUUAUAUUGAACUUAUUUCACAAAUUUUGCAGCGUUUUGAUUUUUCAAGAACUGAUAUAAAAUCUCUUGAGAUUAUAACGCCGUCUAAAAUACUUUCUGAUGAUGAACUUUCAAUUGCACCGCUACUAACUCAUUUUAGUUAUUUACUAGAGUGCGAACCGGAUGAAAUUAUAUCGCAGUGGACCUCUGCAGUAGCAGAAAGAAAAUUUUUUGAAUUAAGUCUAAUUAAAAAUAAAUUGCGAAAUAAAUUAGAGUUUAAGACCCUCAAUAAUAUUAUGUUAUGUAAAGAACUUUUUAACAACAAAGAUAUGCACUAUGUAUGGUCAAAAAAAGAUAGUCCAAAUAUUUAA